AUGACAGGCUAUUGCCAGUCGUCUCCCGGAUCUCGUUUAAGCCGUUACUGCUGGAUAGCAGCCGACUCGUGGGGGUAUGGGCUAAGGUGUGGAACUAAAAGCGAUUGCGCAAAGGCUGCUCUUAACUGGGGAAGAUGCAUCUUCGGCUCAUGUACUUUUGAUCGCGUUAGCGGAAGAACCUGCGACGAGAUGAACAGGAGGAAUCUGGGAGAGCUGAAGAAAGAAUGUGAUACCAGAGGUUUCAGUUUUGAUUCUUGGGCCAACAGGUACGAGAAAGCUCGUAAACUGUACGACAAGUUUAGCCCCGGUGUCGGUGAUACCAUUGAGGACCAAACCAAAAAGGUGAUAAAAUACUGUCACUGCUUGAACUCCUGUGGAAAAGAUCAGAUUGAAGAUGGCUCCUGCACAGUCAGUGGCUUGGAUAGGAGAUUGGAUACGGAGUUGGACGUCAAAUCACCCUACACAGCGGUGUAAGUUUUUUUAUUUUAACAAAACUGCACUCUCUGAAUUUUCCAUCAGUAGCUGUUCCAUUAUUCUGGUGACGUUUUGCAAUUGGGUUCCGUAAGCAUCAUGUAGAUCAUUGCAUUAGUCACCAAUCCCUAAGCGUUAGGGCCAUAAACAUUUAUCUUUUAAUCAGUUAACUCCUCUUUCUUUUUUUUCCUUAAUAAAGGUGCGCCAUAGAUUGUAAACCGAACGAAAAGGUAUGCUAAUGAUCUGUCUUCUUUGCUCAGAGGCAAAGAUGAUCCUCGAAAAAGCAGAUAAACAACCAGAAAGAGCAUUUUCUUCAUACUUCUACGUAAAAUCAACUACUUGUUUCUUUCUCAAUUUGCAUGAUUCUACGCCUGGUUGGUUUGCCCCUGGCUAGUCAUUAGUUUGAGUUUCUCUGUACAACAUAUCUACCAAAACCUUACCAUGUUGUUUGUUGAAGUGCACUUGGCUGCACUGGCUCGUUUAUCCGCGCUCAAUUCAAAUAACCCAUAACAAUUGAUCAAAAUCAAACGUAACAAGGUCAAUUAUUUUCUCUCCGACAGGAUUAGAUCAGACAAUUUCACUCAGUAUUUACAAAAACAUUCAAACUCGGAACUAUCGAUAGAGAAAUCUGGCCGAUACCCAAAGCGGUUCUGCGAGUCUGCUGCGAUCGCCACUUCGCUACACGGUUUUCUUUGAAGAAAAAACCAAGCGUUAAGAAAACUUGCACAAAAAGUUACUAAUAAACGGGAUUUUGUCUUCUUUCAGAUCCUUCUUUGCGUCAUUCAGUUUGCCUUGUGAUUUUGGGCAUAGUAGGCAUGGGAGCAAAACUAAAUAGCAAGGAAAGGGAGAAGUAACAAAGGUUAUAUAAUAAAAAUGCAAAUUUAUGUAGGACAUCUUUUCUUUUCACAGCUUGUCUUCUUGCAAAAAGUAAUAAACAAGCAUCGCACUGAAAAAGCUACUAAAAAGAUCACCAUAACUAAAGGAAUGUCUUCUUCCAAGUCUACGUCCAGUGGUGGAAGUUCAAGUGCAACUGUGUCAGGGGAAGUCGGAUUUAACGUGAUGAAACUUUUUGACGUAAAGAUCGGCGCAUCAGUAACAUUGGAGCAUAACUGGAGUUUGUCUACUACUGGGACGGAAUAUCAGGAAGUGACUUAUGAAAUAUCCAUCGGUAUUGAGCCAGAAGACGAAGUAUCAGUGUUUCAGGUUGUUGGCGAGUGUAAAAACAGUGAUGGCACUGUUUACACUAUAAAAACACCCACUUAUGUUAUCAAAGGCAAAGAUGGUUCAUCCGAAACCAAGGAGGCAGAUUUCUCUGAGGCCGGAAAAAUGUUGUCGUAG